AUGCCCGCUCGAUCUGACUACGGCUCCGUCUCCAUGUCCAUGUCUCCUCCUCCUCCCACCAACCUCUCAAGCUACUCUCGCUUCAUGCACGACCACACAAAGCGACAGAUGGAGGCUUCUGGUGCUAGCCCUACUCCUUCCAACGCUACUGCUCAGCGUGCCCGUUCAUCCAUGACCAACGGCAACACCAGUCCCAACUACUCAUAA